AUGCUCGACUCACCUCACUUAUCUGCAAAAGAUCUCGGUCCACUCAUUAUUAAUAACAUUUCCCAAUGGAAAACUCCCGAAAAGUCGUACGAAAACUAUGAGAAACUAUGUGAUGCAAUUGGAAACAAAAAGAUUUCAUUCGAAGAUUUCGAGUCACUAUUCAAUCAAUAUUCCAGAAAAUUUCACUUAAAAUUGGAAAUUGAGGAACAAAAAGAUAAAAUCUACUGGUGUGUUCUGUCUGACAUAAUUCACCAACGACCAAUCGAUAAUUCGUAUUCUGAUAUUCUCGAAGCAUUCGGAAGUGACGUCAUCAAUAAGAAAGAUUUCGAAAAAUGGCUCGAUUGGUCUAAUUUGAGAAUAGCUUCAAAAAACCUGACAUUCACUGACUUGCCACUCGAUAUCAUCAGAAGAAUCAUCCGAAUGGCGGAUACUGAAACACAAGCUCAACUGCGCAAAUUGUGUUAUUUUCUGAACAUUGAGAUCGGUCAACUGGAUCCAAAAUGCAAAAAUGUUAGCGUCGAGUUUGGACCCGAUUUUAUCGAUUUUAAUGGAAAAAUCUCGAAAUAUACGAAACAUGGAGAUGGCAAGACUGAUUAUUCGAAAUAUAUUAUGGAAGAUUUGGCAUUUGUAUUAAAAAAUCAGAAACUUCAUUUGGAUUCUCUCAGCACUUCUUACAAUCCAGAAUUAGAUCAUAACAAGUCGAGAGAUCGUUUCGAGACCCUUUUGAAAUCAUUGAAACGAAAAAUUCCCGUCAAAAAUUGCUCGAUUCUGAUAAAAAAUCAGACUGACGCGGUCGCAGUGCUUCCAUAUUUGAAGCCUGGAGAGCUGAAAUCGUUGAAAUUUAUGCGUGAUGCAGAUGAUGGAUGGAUUCUAUUUAUCGAUCGAAUCGCCGCUUUACCACAAUGGAAGAGGGCGAAACACGUGUAUUUCGAUGGUCGAAUCGUGUCGUGUCUCACGGAAUUCUAUCAUUUUGCCACAUUUGAAGUCCAUCUUUUGUUGAUUCAUCCUGAAGUACUGGCUAGAUUGACUAGAUUUCAAAUGAAUGUGUCAUUCGCCAAUGAUCCGAUCGCUCUGCGUCGAUUGAUUGCUUAUGAAGCACUUGGCAGAGUGCCAGUAUUCCAAGCAUACAAAAAUAUGUGUAAAAGAAUUGGGGACAAUGUGAUGACCUACCCGGAAUAUGAGUUUUGGUAUUGGAGAUUCAUUCAAGGAGAAAUGAAUUUGAAUCACGAGAGACGAGACACCUCAAAGAAACUUCUCGAAUUACCAUUGGAAAUCCUUCUGUCCAUUUUUGAGAAGUUUACUCCUAUGGAAAGAUUGAUAAUGCGAAAAGUGAGUCGAGUGGUGCGAACUUGCAUUGAUUCAAUCGAUCCGAAAAUCAGCAGAAUAGAUUUCGAGUCGAAAAGAGAUCGAGGAGAAACCAUGAUCGACUAUAAAACCUUCGAUGUCCGGUAUCAAGGAACCACCGAUUGUUUGGUGACUUCUGUGUGGAUGCAACCUUCAAAAUCAAUUCUCAUUCGGAAUACAAACCAUUCUGAAUUGGCUCUUAAUGAUCUUUCCAUUGUUUUGAGCAACCCGAAGCUUAAUUUGAAAUCUUUGGAAAUUACAUCAGAUGCAGAGAAAUUGAAAGGUCUACAACCAUAUCUUCAGUCUCUGAGUCAUAAGAUCCGAGUGGAAAAAGUAAAGAUUCGAACUGAAGAUUCUAUUGAAGAGACGAUGAUUCUUCCGUUUCUAGAACCAGGGAAUCUUGAAGAAAUAACUAUAUGCUUCAAGGAUUACUGUAAACGGACAAGGCAUUUCUAUACGGAACUGAUACCAGCUAUGAUACUUCCGUUCUUGGCAUUCUUGCUGAUUCGAGAAAUUGGAAAAGGGCGGUUGGCUAGAAGACAACUUAUGAGAAGUCAGGCGACAAAAGCAAAACCUGACUACACGACGAUAGUGAUUUCCACAAUGACAGUAGUCUCAAUGAUAUCAGAGAUGCCAUACGGAAUUCACAACAUGGUUUUUCUAUAUUAUACUGAUUAUUCAAGAGACGAAGAUAUGAUAAAUUUCCUGAUUAGGUUGAGAGAUUUACUUGACUUUUUAGUCACAUUGAACACAAUGUCUCAUUGUUUGAUUAGUUUGACAGUGUCAUCUCAAUAUCAGAAUACAGUUGUCUCACUGUUACCGAUUGUUCGGAAGUUGAAGAAACCAAGAAAUAUAAUAAAAGUGACACCGAGUGGGACAUCCGAGGGUAACAUGAUGACGAGGCUUCCGACUACAAAGGACAUCUAA